AUGGGUUCUUCCAAAGAACAACAAAAGUGCGAGUGUGUUGAUGGGCCUAUCAUUGUAGGUGGUGGACCCUCUGGACUAGCCGUGGCUGCUUGUCUCACACAACAUGGAGUGCCCUGUGUGAUUCUUGAGAGAAGUGAUUGCAUAGCUUCUCUGUGGCAAAACAGAACCUAUGACCGUCUCAAACUACACCUUCCCAAACACUUCUGUGAACUUCCCUUAAUGGGUUUCCCUCACACUUUCCCAAAGUACCCAACUAAGUACCAGUUCAUUUCCUACAUGGAAUCCUAUGCGUCACACUUCAACAUUAAACCAAGGUUCAACCAAACCGUUCAGAGUGCUGAGUUUGACCCAAGUUCUAAUCUUUGGGUGGUAAGAACUCAGGAUUUUCGGUAUGUUUCUCACUGGCUUGUGGUGGCCACUGGUGAGAAUGCUGAACCUUUUGUGCCUAGAAUUCCUGGGAUUGACUUGUUUCAUCGACCCAUUGCUCACACUAGUGUCUACAAGUCUGGCUCUGAGUACAAAAACCAAAAGGUUUUGGUCAUUGGUUGUGGUAAUUCUGGCAUGGAAGUUAGCUUGGACCUUUGUAGAUACAAUGCCACCCCUCACAUGGUUGCAAGAAAUACAGUACACGUGCUUCCUAGGGAGAUGCUUGGCUUCUCAACGUUUGGAAUAGCUAUGGCGCUUUAUAAAUGGCUUCCCAUUAAAUUAGUAGACAAGUUCCUCUUGCUUGCGACUAACUUCAUUCUGGGCAACACCAAUCACUAUGGCAUCAAAAGGCCUAAAACUGGGCCAAUCGAGCUCAAACUUGCUACUGGGAAAACCCCUGUCCUUGAUGUGGGUCAACUAGCACAAAUAAAAUCCGGUAACAUAAAGGUGAUGAAAGGUGUGAAGGAGAUAACGAGAAAUGGUGCUAAAUUUAUGGAUGGACAAGAAAAGGAAUUCGAUGCUAUAAUCUUGGCAACAGGAUACAAGAGCAACGUGCCUACUUGGCUCAAGGGCUGUGAUUUUUUCACGGAAGAUGGAAUGCCCAAAACACCCUUUCCUCAUGGUUGGAAAGGGGAGCAUGGAUUGUAUGCAGUGGGCUUCACAAGAAGGGGUCUUCAAGGAACGUCUUGUGAUGCUAUAAAGAUCGCUGAAGACAUAGCUGCACAGUUGAGAACCGUAAAGGACAAGAGUUACUGUGAUUCACACAUCAUUCUACUAAAUAAUUCAUAG